AUGCGCGUGGGUGGCUGUAGUGCUCCCUACCAAAAUGUCGUAAAGUACGCAUUGCAGUCUCGAGCGACGCUGACCCUCCGUACGUUUCACACGACCGCCGGCCAUGGCUACAUCAAGAUACGCCAUCCUGGUGGUAAAGAUGAACUACCUCCUCCAAACCCACAUGCUCGAGAGAUAGCCAUUCUGGGGGGAGGGUUUACGGGUCUUGCUACAGCCUUCCUGUUAAGCAGCCAGCUGCCCACUGCAAAGAUCACAAUACUGGAGAAGAGCAAUAGGCUUGGAGGAUGGGUCGAUUCAGAAGUGGUUCGGGUAGACAAGGGGGAGGUUCUUUUUGAAUGGGGUCCUCGAACGCUGAGAGCUGGGCUGGGGCCUGCGCCGCUUGCUAUGCUGGAGCUGCUUGCGCAACUUCGCAUCGGCAAAGAUCUUGUCGCGAUAUCAAAAUCUAGCCCGGCUGCCCUCAAUCGAUACAUCUACUAUCCUGAUCAUCUUGUUCGUUUACCUGUCUUGAAUAGACACACUUCGCUCCUGGAGCUGCUUCGGGCUGUGAACAACGUGCUCACCGAACCCCUAUACGAUGGAAUAUGGAGAUGCUUGAGAGAACCGUGGGUGCCUCCCCGAGAUGAAAAUGUGAGGGACGAAUCCGUCGGAGAUUUCGUGUCCCGAAGAUUUGACAAGAACGUUGCGGAUAACCUACUUUCUGCUGUGUGUCACGGAAUUUUCGCCGGCGACAUUUACAGGCUCAGCGCUAGGACCUUACUGCCGCAGUUGUGGCAUCUUGAAACGCGAGACCGAGAAAAAGCACCCGGCAUCCUGUUGGAGAUUUUAUCCAACAUGGCAAACCGCGUUACUCUUAAUCCUGUCGAUGGGGUUCUACACGCGAACCGGCAGGUUCUUGCGCUCAGGUCGCUGGAGACCUACUACAAAAGAAUACCGAACUUGGACAGCUUCGGCGAAAUGAGUGUUUUUACAUUCAGGCGGGGGUUAGGCCAGAUAACCUCUUCGUUGGAACGAGAGCUUCGGAAAAACGAGAACAUUACCAUUUUGCAGUCAAGUCCAGUCGAAGAUGUCGUGUUCAAUGAAAACAAGAAUCAAGUCUCCGUUAGACGCAAUCCGUCUGGAAUCACCUCAAACUAUGAUUAUGUUGUUUCAACACUGGGGCCUCGGACAUUGAAGCAAUUUCUAUCCCGCAGCGCUCAAGCUUUGAGUUCGGCGUUAGAUCCUAAGGUCACAAAUGCCUGUGACCACAGUGAUGCCUCUGUCAAUGUCAUGGUUGUCAAUCUGUACUACAGCAACCAGAAUUUGCUGCCUCCAUCGGUCAGAGGCUUUGGGUACCUUAUUCCGCGCUCUGUUCCGCUCGAACAGAAUCCGGAACGUGCUCUGGGCGUUAUCUUCAGUUCCGAGACAUCUGGCCGGUCUGAUUCAAUCGCCUCCAGAUCCGCUGGCCCUUACUUUAUCUCUAUUGACAGUGACCGGGGUGGCCCCCUGGAUCCAGAUCCCCCCGAAGAUGAUUCAGAGAUUGUGCUGCAGGACACCGCACCGGGUACAAAGUUGACGGUCAUGUUGGGUGGACAUUGGUGGAGUGAAUGGGCUCCGAGCGACCUUCCUAGCGAAGAGCAGGCAAUUGAAAUGGCCCAAACCCUGUUGAGGAGACACCUCAACAUCCAAGAAUCUCCCGAAGUGGCCAAAGCGCGGCUCAACCGCGAUUGCAUUCCGCAGUAUCCCGUCGGGUAUGCUCAGGACAUGGCCACCAUUCACGAGGCUUUAACGUCCAUGUAUCACGGACGGUUGAAACUUGCAGGCCCUUGGUGGCGGGGCGCUCCCGGAAUGAGUGACUGUGUUCUUUCUGCACGCGAAUCAGCGUGGGCGAUUCGCGACAAGGCAGACGACUACACCGGGUUGCAGGGAUACACGCACGAAUCAUGGCUCCGGACUCAUGUUCCGACAGGAACGAUGUCUACCGAGCACGUGCAGUGA